AUGGCGUUCUUCUUUUGCUUAUAUUAUCAUUCUAUAAGAACCCUAGUGACUGUAACUCAACUAAUACUCUCUCUUUGAUUCGGUGUACUACUAUUUAACGCCGUUUCGUCCGUUGCAUGGCCGGUCAGCGAUUCCCCACCAUAGUCAGCGUGUUUGCCAUCGUCACUUUUAUGGGCAUUAUUACAUCUUUAUUCUUUCGACGAGGAAUCUCAACAGUCUCAGAAAUGACACUCACAAACGGAACAAAAGUACCUUUGGCACCAGCAAUUUGUGUCAGUCAUGGUGGUGGUCCUAUGCCGAUUCUGGGCGAGCCCAGCCAUAAAAACAUGGUAAAAUCAUGGGAGAAUCGCGUACGAAAGCUAUUGAAAGUCGGUACUCCCGAAGCCCCUAAGGCCAUCAUCCUUGUUACCGCGCACUGGAGUACACAGCGUCCGACAAUCUCCUCGGGCGCAAAACAUGAGCUUUACUACGACUAUUAUAAUUUUCCACCCGAAACUUACAAGAUCAAAUACGAUGCUCCCGGGUCUCCAUCAAUCGCUAAAGAGAUAUAUACACGCCUUCAGAAGGCGGGACUUUCGCCGAAGCUCGAUGAGACUCGAGGGUGGGAUCAUGGCGUUUUUAUUCCGAUGAAGCUCAUCGUGCCAGACGAGUCAAUUCCUAUUGUUCAAAUGUCCGUCCUCGAAAGCGAGGACCCAGAAGAACACUAUAGGAUUGGUCAGGUGCUUUCAGAAUUACGCAAAGAGAAUAUCGCCAUUCUGGGAUCUGGAUUUGCCACUUUCCAUAACAUGCGACUCUUCCCACGCGGUUCAAAUUUUCCGCCAGAUCUAGCGUCGAAACUUCGCGAGUGGUCCGGAGUCCUGAAUGAAGCUGUCUUGACCGAGGAUGCUAACGAGAGACUGGCCAAGCUAAAGCGAUGGAGAGAAUUUCCUCAUGCUUACACGAUGCAUCCUCAACAUGGAGCCGAGCACUUCUUGCCAUUGAUUGUAACGGCGGGAGCUGGAGGCUCGUCCAAGGGAGCCUUAUAUGGAGAUGAAUUCCGAGGAACUGAUAUGUUUUCAUUUUAUUGGGAGUAGUUAUUAGCGGCAGUAACCAGUAUUUUAUCAUAGCGUUAUAUUCAUUGUAUGAUUAACGAGUUCUC